GACCCACUUAACAUGGCUAGGUGGUUAGCUUGGGUAAAAUGAAGGGAAUGGCCGUGUGCUGAACGAGGCGAUUGACUUCAAAUAUCUAUAUUUUGCGAGCCAGUGUCUGACAUUGCAUUCUCGGCUGAAGCAUCAAAAUGAAGUGUGUUGCAAAAACGCGGCGUUAAUGCAACUUCGUGUCACUGCGACAGACCGGAAGCAAGCGAGGCGUUCACAACAGUGACAGGGGGCUGCUGUGAAACUGCCAACCAUGAGAUUGAAAACAUCGUUGCUCAAGGAGCCAAAGCAUAAAGAACUUGUAAGCUGUGUCGGCUGGACCACAGCAGAUGAGCUCUACUCUUGCAGUGAGGACCACCAAAUCCUGAAGUGGAACCUCUUGACCAACGAGACCAGUUUGGUUGUGAAAUUACCUGAGGAUAUAUUCCCCAUCGACUUGCAUUGGUUCCCAAAGACUGUUGGUGGGAAGAAACAAACUCAGGCGGAGAUAUUUGUCCUGACCAGCACAGAUGGAAAGUUCCACCUCGCAUCCAAGUUAGGACGCAUUGAGAAGAGUGUUGAGGCACAUAAAGGAGCUGUUCUAUCUGGGAGAUGGAACCACGAUGGCACUGCCCUCAUCACAGCUGGAGAAGAUGGGCAGAUCAAGAUCUGGUCCAAAAGUGGGAUGCUGCGAUCGACAUUUGCCAGCCAAGGUUCUCCUGUGUAUUCAGUGGCCUGGGGCCCAGAUUCUGAUAGAAUCCUCUUCACAUCAGGCAGACAGUUGGUCAUCAAACCUCUCCAACCGAGCGCCAAAGUCAUACAGUGGAAAGCCCAUGAUGGAGUUGUUCUCCGGACUGAAUGGAAUUCAGUCAAUGAUCUCAUAUUGUCUGGAGGAGAAGACUGUAAAUACAAGGUGUGGGACAGCUACGGACGACUGCUGUACAGCUCUCUUGCUCAUGACUACCCAGUCACUUCGCUGUCUUGGGCCCCAGAUGGCGAAGUGUUCGCCAUGGGCUCCUUCAAUACGCUGCGACUGUGCGACAAAACUGGGUGGUCGUAUGCGCUGGAGAAGCCCAACACAGGCAGUGUGUUCAGCUUGGCCUGGUCCGCAGAUGGCACCCAGCUGGCAGGAGCUUGUGGAAACGGCCAUGUCAUCUUUGCCCAUGUGGUGGAGCAGCAUUGGGAAUGGAAGAACUUCAUCGUCACCCUCACGAAGAGGAGAACCAUGCAGGUGCGGGAUGUGAUGAACGAUGCGGUGGACAUAUUGGAAUUCAGAGAUCGAGUCAUCAAAGCAUCAUUGGCUCAUGGUCACCUAGUGGUGGCCACAUUGCUGCAGUGCUACGUGUACAAUACAAAAAACUGGAACACUCCUCUAAUCUUCGACCUCAAGGAAGGAACUGCGAGUCUCAUCAUGCAAGCAGAGAGGCAUUUUCUACUUGUGGAUGGCGCUGGGUUGUAUACGUACUCCUAUGAUGGGCGUCUCAUCUCCUCACCCAAGUUCCCUGGGAUGAGACCUGACAUUCUCAACGCACAGAGUGUCUCUCUGAGUAACGACGCCAUCGCGAUUCGUGACAAGAGUGAUGAAAAAGUCAUCCUUCUAUUUGAUGCUCUAACUGGCAAGGCCCUAGGCGAUGGGAAGCAUCUUACUCAUAAGCUGGAGGUGGCAGAAAUCGCUCUGGAUCAGUGUGGAGCAGCCAAUGAGAGAAGAAUUGCUCUGAUUGACAAGAACCGGGACCUCUACUUGGCGCCAAUACGCUACCUGGGGAAGGAACCUAAAGUCUGCAAGAUUGGGAGCAUGAUUCACAGUAUGGCAUGGAAUGAUUCUGCGAACAUCCUCUGCGGCAUCCAAGACAACCAGGUUAAAGUGUGGUACUACCCAGGCGUCGUCUUUGUUGACAAGGAGCUGCUUUCAAAAACGUUGUACACAAAGGACAACAGCGAGUUCAGCAAAGCCCCACAAGUAGUCAACUAUGUGGGCACCAAAGUGACAUUACGCCAGGGAGAUGGCUCCUUGGUAUACAGCAGUGUUCCACCUUACCCUGCUCUCCUGCAUGAGUACAGCACCGCAGCACACUGGGACGACGCUCUUCGUCUCUGUCGUUUUGCCAAAGACCAGACAUUGUGGGCGUGCCUGGCUGGUAUGGCAAUGGCCAGCAGAGAGCUGAACACGGCGGAAAUGGCCUACGCUGCUAUCGGAGAGCUGCCGAGAGUGCAAUACAUCAAGUAUAUAAAAGAAAGGCCCUCGAAGGAGUCAUCUUUGGCCCAUAUGCUAAUGUUCAGUGGUCAAGUCCUGGAAGCAGAGGCCACGCUGUUGCAGGCCGGACUCGUCUACCAGGCCAUUCAAAUCAACAUCGAUCUGUUCUGCUGGGAGAGGGCAUUGGAACUGGCAGUAAAGCAUAAGACUCAUGUGGACACCGUACUGGCCUACAGAGAGAGGUUUCUGCAGAAAUUUGGAAGAAAAGAGACCAAUAAGACCUUCCUCAAGUACUCUGUCGGGGUGGAGGUGGAUUGGGAGAAAAUCCAGGCGAAGAUAGAGAUGGAGUUGUCCCAGGAGCGAGAGAAAGCUGCUAGCGCCUCAGUCAGGAGCAGCGUGGCCACACGACACUAACAAGAACACAGCCUUUUUGACCUGAUUCUGAUGUGAAUUCAACAGAACUCUGAUAUGUAAUAUAGUGUACAGGAAAGGCUGACUCACUCUAUGUUGUGCUGGAUUGGUAUUUACAAAAAGUGUUUUUUAUGUUUCUAGAAGAAAAUGACAUUAAACGUUUUAUCUGAAACGUCUUCUGUUUCUCAGGUUGAAACGAUUUUCCUGGCAACGUGAACUGAUCCAGGGAUGUUAACAAGCCAGACUGGAGAUCAAAUUUUUCUGUGACAGAUCAAACAUCUUUGGAGUUGAGUGAGGGUGAGAUCAGGUCAGGACAGGUAAUCUUCUUACUCCUGGUGUCACUAUUUGGGAUGGUGAUGUUUUGAGUAUGAAGGAACCGCAGACAUGACUGAACUCCUGUGUUCAAGGCCGGAGGGGAGGUGUAGCAUGGCUUGUUUUGGAGAAGAAUGGAUGGUGUCCACAUCCCUCAGGAUCUUCCACUCUGGGGUUGGAGGUCAAAUUGGUGUAGGUGGGAUAGUAACAUGAGGCCAAGGAAAGUGUUUUACAGUGAGAUUUUUCAGUGCUGCAUCACAUUGUGCUUGUCUGUUUGUGGUCUCUUUAUAGCUGGACAAGCUGUGAAGCGCUCACCCCACCCCACCCCGAAGGAAUGAGCUAACUCCUUACUAUCGAAAAGGGACGACAGGGCUGUUGACAGUCACCAGUCAGUUCAGGUUAGAUCUGAGAAAAGCCUUGUGUGUGGCCCAAAACUGAAGAAAGUUUAUGCAUUUGUAUGCAACAUGAUGCUCUGUUGACCAAUCGGCAAAUACUGAAACCGGAAAGCAGCCAACAACAGGAGGUGCAGUGAAGUAAUAUAACACGUUUAGGACAAAGAGUGAUUGGUAAACCCUUAGUGUUGUGGGGUUUAUAAAAAUAUGAAUCACCAAAUGUUCAUUACAACACUUGCAGACUUCUAGCCUAAUAAAUUGCUGGACAAAUAAUGCCGUCUGGGUUUAAUGUGCAAUUUAUGAGACACAUAAUGUGCAUUGAUUUGGCCUUUUAGAGUUUAUUUGUUAUCUAGUCCAGCGAGUCAGUAACCGGAUCGUCUGUUUUGCUUACACCUAAUUGCGUAUCGCGUUUGUUAGUGCACUGGACAUCUGUCUUUGUCUGUACACGCCCCUGUCUGUAGACUCUCGCCUCCGUUAAACGGUUUGUGUCAUGUAAAAAUGUUCGACACGAGCUCACAUGGCUGGAGCAGCACUGCUUGACACUUGGGGUCACACACUUCAUCUCAUCUGUCCAUCAGUGGCUUUCCAAUGUGUAAUGCCUUUUAUGGAUUUGAUGCUUUUAAGUGCAAACGCCUGCCGCCCACAAAUUUCACUGUGGAUAGGAAGCCAUCAGUGUUCACCGCGUACUCUGCCUUCAUGGCCGCCGAGUAUUGGAUUACAAAGGACACCACAAUUUCCACUCAGACUUCAUGUUAGGAGCUUCACAGGAGGGCUCUAUUUAUAAUCUUACAUUUUGUAGAUAGAGUAGCAAUAGUGGCUGUGUGAUUUAUAGCCCCACUACCUAUUUCUUCAUAUGGCUUUCAGGCGGCUGCCAAUGAAAAGGAAUAUGAGCUAGUUUAGUGUUGCGACAAUCUGUCCUCCUUCCUGUCACAAAUAUCACGUUAUCACUCACCAGACAUAUUUAAUGACCAUGACUACCAGAAACACAAUUUUAGACAUGAUUGUUAAACCACUGAGUGAUCCCGUUUAAGAGGACCAGAUCCUGGUUAUUGGCAACAUCCGAAUCACAGUAGUUCAGCUGCAGCUUGAACGAGGAGAAAUGGACGUUUUCAUGCUUUCAGUUAGCAAGACUCUGCACACGCAGAGGAGUAUUUGGGCCAGAGGGAACCAGAUGUUGCUUAUAGUAGCAGCCGUCAAUCAGGCAGGACACAAUAUUGUAACUUAAUCUAAACAUUUGUACAUUUUGUAGACAGGUUACUGGUGCAUUUUACUGACAGCCAUCACCACAGUCUGUGAUAGAUCUAUUUCAUUCGUCUCAUUGAGGGUCCCACUGUGCGGCAUUGGGGAAGCAAGUGAUGGCUCUUGUUCCGCAUCAAUCUGAGGGGGAGGAGGCGCUUGUACCCAUGAAAACCUUUCACACGCAACUGAUCUGUGCAUUGCAUUAUUCAUUUUCUAGAUCAUGACUGGUGUUGGGCCUCGAUUAUCAUCUCAAAAUGCAUUGGAUGAUUUAUUCAGUUCACCCUGAAUCAUCCAUCCCAUCCAAAGUGAUUACUAUCAGAUAUCAACCUUUUUUCACUGUGGUUUUGUGAAAUAGAGCUGUUAUUGCUGGAUGGUUUGGUUCAAACUAGUCAGACCCUUGGCCGUCCAAACACCCGGAUAAAAUGUAAAUACUUAAUUUGUAAUGUAUGAGUUAUGUUGAUCUGUCCUCAACAGUAAAAUAAUAUUAGGAUUAGCAAAGUUUAUCCAUCUACAUUCAAAUGAUGAAAAGUUAAAAAACAAAUUCUCAAACAUUUUUUUUUUUAAUUCAGAUGUUUAUUGGUUUACUCAUAUUUCAGAAUUUUGAAAUGAGAAAAAAAAAAACAAGAUUUUUUUUUCUCCAUUUUCAAAGAGGUUUUUUGCGGGGUCCAGAAUUUGAAGGGUCACGGUUCCCUUAAAACUGAGCUGCUGGAUCUUAACUUAAUGGGAUUUUUCCGCAGACUAAAACACAAAGCCCUGGAUUUUAGCAGCUGUCUCCCGUUCUAAUCUCUUCUCUUCCUUCGUUUAGUAGCUACUUUGCAUACAAAAGGAACAUAAUCCUCCACAAUCUGGUCAAAACACGCAGGUUUUUCUCAAGACUCGUCUUUUAUUCUUAACAUUCAGGAUUAUAAUUGCACUUGAGUUUAUACCUCUGACCCCGGAGAUAAUGAGAGAGUGUCUGGGGUGAGUGUCUGUCGCCUCUCAGACAGAGUUCCGCGAUGUCCUUGGGCUGUGUGGCUGUCCCGAUACCUCGAGAACCGCCCGCCGCUGCUCUCGCCCUCUACCCGCGUCACUCCUCUCGUUCUCGGCCAGCAAGUUAUCAUCCGACCGGUCCCUGUGCAUCUCCUGCAUGCUCUCCUCAUACGUGGGCAAGUACUUCACCUCAUCGUAGGCAGGCAGGUUUGGGGAGGUAAAGCCUCCCAGGUUGUACUCGGGGUACCGGUCCAGCAGGGAGUCCUGGGACGCCGACGCAUGUCCGUGGAAGAGGGAGGGCUCCUCGCUGCGGUCGUGGUUCGGGUGCCGGCGUGGCCGCGGGCAGAUGAUCCGCUGGAUGAAGUAGCCCAUAGCGAAGAGGAGAAGCAGGAUCAGAAUACCGGAGAGCUUCCGCGUGAACCAGCCGACGUUGUCGAAGAAAAUGUGGAUGGGGAGUUUGCAGCAGCGCACCGCCGAGCUGGCGCUGCCGUUCCCGCUGGUGAUGGGCGGGCAGCACUGCUGACCGUCGCCGCACUGGACCUCCCCGCAGGUCCUCAGGGCUUCACAGACGGACACCAGACACGCCGAAAACACGAUGCCGGUAGUCGCUCCGCCGCCGCCCGCCAGACGGGGCAUCAUUUCGGGAUCUCCAGGGAGGGAGGGGGGGCUGUCCGCUGGGUCCACGGCGCGUGUGUCGGUGUAGCCAGGUGUUACAGAUGUGCGCGUCCGCCGCUCUCUUUGCUUCUGCAGCGGGACAGCAGGUGCCCCCUCCCCCGCUGAGGAGAA